AUGUCAAUCAAAGUUAAGGAGGUCCCUGUAGAAGCUCACAAUAGCGUAGGGAAGGUAGAACGAUACUAUACACUGCUACGCCGUGCCUACGAAAUUCUCAGAGAUAAGCUUAAGGAUGAGAACAUUAACAAGGAGAUGAUCCUGCAAAUAGCCGUGAAGGCUGUCAACGACUCAGCCGGACCAGAUAGAAUUAUCCCAACACUGCUUAUCUUUGGGGCAUACCCGAGAAUAACGGAAAUAGAUCCACCAUCACCUUCGGUAGUCAAGAGAGCUAAGGCUAUUCGCGCUGCAACCAAAGAGGUCCGUCGCCUACAUACGGAACGCCAGGUGAAUGACGCUCUCGCCAUACGCAACAGCCCUAGUACAAUCGCUACAUUGAACCUACCAUUAUAG